GUGAGUCUUUGCGAAAGUUACAAAAUGGAGGCGCCGAGCGCCGCGGGACGUUGGAUAAACUUCGGUAUGCGUUUGCGUGCAUGAUGGAUUUUUCGACGUUCCUGCUACUGCUGGUACCGAUCCUGAUCGGCUACCUGAUUCGGCUAUUCGUGCCGGCUAAGAAGAAAAAAAUCGCCGGCCAGCUGGCGCUGGUCACCGGCGGAGCAAACGGGCUCGGUCGAGAACUUUGCCUACAGCUGGCAAUGAAGGGCUGCCACAUUGUGGUCGCCGAUUUGGACACGACCAACGGAGAGAAAACGGCGGAAGAUUUGCGGAAGCUGGGUGUGAAAGCCAAAUGUUUUAAGGCUGAUAUCUCUGAUUAUGAUUCGGUGGUAGAAUUGAAACGGCAGGUCGAAAGCAGCCUGGGGAAUGUGGACAUUUUGGUUAACAACGCAGGAGUGCUUCCGCUGAUGUCGAUCCGCGAGGGAAAACCGGAAGAUCUGAAGAAAGUGAUGGAAAUCAACCUGCUAUCGCACUUCUGGACAAUCAGAAUCUUCCUCGAUGGAAUGAUACUCCGGCAGAGAGGUCACAUUGUAGCCAUCGCUUCGGUAGCCUCAUACGUUGCACUCGGACGAAUGGCUUGCUACAGUGCUUCAAAGUUCGGCGUCCACGGUCUGAUGGAGUCGUUCAAUGAUGAGCUGCGUAAUGAAGGACUGCGAGACAAGAUAUUCACCACGACCGCUUAUCCGUUCUUCAUGAAUACAAGAAACGACCUGAUAAGUAGGCUGGCCGCGAUUAAGGUCCUUGGAAGAGUGCCAGUGUUUUCGCCCAAACGAAUCGCAAUUGCUACCAUCGAUGGGAUGCUGUUUAAUCAGAAGCAGGUAUUUGUGCCAAGUUUUGCUGGGGCGCUACUGACGCGAUAUGUGCAUCUUCCAGGACGGGUGAGAAAAAUGGGUCAAACGAUUCUCUUUAAAAGAAAAUUGCCCAGACUGAUGGAAUUCGAUGAAUCGGAAACUGAGAAAUUGAUUUAGAUUGAUGUGACAUGCAAGAUUCGAUUCUGAAUAGACAUGUCGAAAUGUGGCUUCCAAACUGUAUAUUGAUAUUUGAUGAAACUUGGUAAGCGAAGCAAAAUAAAUCAAUUAAAGGUUUUCUGAUCAAAAUAGCAAACAAAUAUACUUAGUCUUAUUCGAAUACGCUAUGUAAAAGAUUUCUUCACAAGUGCAUAAAAAUGUAAAUAAUGAAUAAACCAAAGA